AUGGAGGUUGAGGGCUGGGUAAUGUCAGCGUACGACUAUUUAUGCACGUUCAAACAAGAGGUUGAUUAUGUGUGGUCGUGUCCUUGGGCUCCAGCCCUACCUCUAUUUUACCUCAAUCGAUACCUGCCUUUUGUCGACCAAGUGAUAUUACUGCAGCGUUUGGCUUUGAAACCCCUUCACGUUGUCCCUUUUUACCGAAUUAUAUUGAAGGCCUGUUUAAUAGAAGGCUCGCUCGCAAUAUGUGUCAUCUAUCCAGGUCUUUUCAAUAUAGGGUCCAUAAUCUCGCAAAGUUGGUGUGAUUUAUAUAUCAAGAGGACGGGGUCCAUUCAAUUUAUUGUUAACAGCCAUUAUUAUACUCCGCACGAUUGCCUUUUGGGGGACGAAUCGUUUCAUUGGAUAUGCCUUGGGCUUUGUCGCGAUCUUUAUUUUCCAAUUACUCACUGCCAAGAUUCGCCCUUGGAUUUUCCGGCUCGUGGAUGUCCGGUUCGGGGGGCCUCUGAUAAAAUCUCCGCGCUAUAUAUAACUAUCUUUUUGAUAGAGCUAUUAAUUGUCAUUUUAACGGCGAUAAAAGCCUUGAGUCACGUGAGACAAAGUCGUUCUUCUUGGGUUAAAGAAAUAUAUCGGGAUGGUAUAGGCCUUUUCUUUUGCGUCUGCAUGCUAUGUAUUACUUUUAUCAACAUCGUCGUUCCUCGACUAUGCCUUCCACUAGAACUCAAGGGCAUUUUCACCCUUCCUCAGCGUGUCCUUCACUCCAUCGUCUGCAACCGAGUGGUGCUCCAGAUUCUCAAGUGUCGUGCAGAAUCACCCCCGCCCCUCACUCCCAAUAAUCAUGGGUCUCGUUCCCGUUCUGCAUAUGGAAACAAUUUGGAGAUCUUCACGUCUGUGCAGCCCAUCACGUCUUUUACCACUACGGAUGAAGUCGAACUGGAUUCUGCGUCGAUAUUAGAACGGGAAGGUUGGAUUGGAUAA